AUCACGAACGCUCUCUUUGUCCGUCGUGAUGACUUCGGCGCACACUCUAUUCAUACGUGUUCGCACACGAGGACAACACGCCGCCGACAGCAAACCACCGCGCUCGUGGACCCCGCUGCCGUGUUGGCGACAGCAAGCAGUAUACCUGUGUGCCGUCUAGUCGCGUUUUUUUUUUUUUCGUAGGUGACUGCGGGCCAUGUCGAACUCCGGGCCAUGCACUGCAAGCGCGGCGCGAGAGCUCGGUGUUGUCGGUCACACCGUGACACGCCGGAAGUAUGAACUGGACAGGCCUUCGGAAAGCUUUCAGCUGGAUACCUUCGUGGGAAGCCCAGAAAUUACGGCUUACCGAAAACAGCUGCAAAGGGCGCGUUCCUGCAGCCUGCGGGCAAAUGGCGGUGCAGAAAAGGCAGUGGCGACGAUGACGUGUCUCGAGCGCUGUUCGUCGGAGCCCUGCUCGUCGAUCGUCAACGCACGCCAGCAGCGUCGGCGUAGGAGGGUACAGAGCCGUUCGUUCUCCAUGGACCUCAGCCGAAGACAGAACGAGGAAAUGCUGUGGAGCAACCUGGCUUCUUUGCUGAGUUACAUCUACGCCACCCUGAUCGUGGUUCUCGGAGGCGUGAUGACUGUUGUCCAGCCGUCCGUCACCAUUGGUCGACACACGAUUGAGCUCGACGACGCAUUCGCGUGCGUGGUGUGUGUGCUCGGCCUGUCUUGGCUGGUGUUUCUGCACGCGGACCUGGCGUGGCACGAUGCGCGCCGCUUUCGCCGCUCGACCGUGCCCUGCGGUCGAGGCAGCAGCUGUAGCGGCAGCAGCAGCACCAUCGACACCGAGUCCGUGGACACCGCCGACGCGAUAGACUGGAAAGGCUGCCACAUGGGCCAGCCGCGCGGAUACACGUACCUGACGGGAAGGCACAGCGGAAGCUUCUUCCUCAAGGCCGGCAUGACGGUGUUCUGUUGCGGCCACCUCAUCCACGAAGGUCUGCUUCUGGGCCAGGAGAUCAUUGCUUGGAUGCACGCCGGUGAAGUGUGCACCGACGUGGCCCUCCUCCUGGUUCACUCGUUGAGGCCGCUCUUCUCAUUCUACCAGCUCUACUUCCUCUUCAAGUAUUCAAAUAUCGUAAUCAACCGAUGGGUCACACUGGCCAAGUUCGGCAUCAUGCACUGUUUUGCCACCACGCUGACGUUCUGGUUCCGCACCGUAGUCAACGACGCCUACGGAGACGUCGUCAAGGCUUCCAAGGGCAAAACCUCCAACCCUAUGGCCCUGCAAGUAAACGGCAGCUUCUCAGGUCUCAAGUUGCACUACUCCGAGCGGCCACCCGAGUUCGAGAGUAACUGGAGCUGCGCCGUGGCCGACCUGUUCUCGCCGGCGUACAUCCGUCCCAUGCCGUACCUGUACCCGUUCGCCAUCGAGUUCAACCUCGUGCUGGCCGGAGUCUGGUUCAUCGUCCUGCAGAACGUGGGCACGUCCGCGCACAGGUUCUGUCGCCACGACUCCACCGCCGAGUCCUGCAGGGCGGUCACCCAGGAGGCUGCCCAGAACAACCUCAUCAUCAGAGCCGAUUGCCACUCGGCCAACCGCGGCCUGUUUGCCGGCUUCGUCGUGCUCCUGGGCUCGGUCGUGGUCAUGAUAAUCUUCUACGUCGCGCUCCUCGAAGACAGGUACAGCGAAACUGGAGUGGCCGUCUACCUUGGCCAGGAGGCUGUGCUCGUGGCUCUGGCGUUCGCUGCCUGCCUGCUGGCCUACGGCCGCGUGGGCACCUUGGAUGUGAACAGCCACCCCAUCACGAUGCUCGAUGACUUCCUCUUGUGCAUACCCAUUCCGUUCUACUUUGCCCACGCGACUCUGGUUGCCAUCGCCGAGCUGGUAGUAGGCGGCAGCUACGUGCGCCUCACACUGCAGUUAUUCUCGGUGAUUCAAGUGGUGACGCAGACGCCGCUCAUCAUCGACGCCCUGAGGCGGUGCAGCAACAGCCCCACGCUUCGAUACAAGAAGCCCGGCCGGGAGAUCGUGUCUUUCUUAAUCGUGGUCAACAUCACCAUGUGGAUCGUGUACACCUUCGAGAGCAAGGCUGUCGGCAAGCUGUUCACGGGUACGCGUUACUUCGGCCUGCGGUCCUGGGUGUUCGUCGAGCACACCACCGUGCCUCUAAUGCUCUUCUACCGGUUCCACUCAUCCGUGUGCCUCGCCGACGUCUGGAAAUCGGCAUACGAAGCCGAGUGAACGCUAUAGUGCCAUCCAAUUCGGAGCGAACACUUCUAACACCGCAACGUGAAAACGUCGCGCCGUGUUUUACGUCCCGGUGUUGCCAUAGAAGACUCCAGCAUGCCGAGGACUUCUUCGUGAACGACAACACGGCGUGGUCGUUCUCUAUAGGACCUCAAGUUUCCGGUCCACAUGUUCAGGCAGCCCUCGAAUCAUUCCACUAGUCAACGUCGGCGACCGCAUCAGCAGGUUAGCAACCGUGAACACCUGUGAACAUUCCGUCCA